UGGGGGUGAGAGCGGGUGGAUCUCUACCGAACAAUCCUCCAGUGAAAGGAAACAUGGACGUCAAGGACCGCCGACACCGCUCGCUCACCCGAGGCCGUUGCGUGAAGGAAUGUCGCUACACCAGCUCCUCCCUGGACAGCGAGGAGUGCCGUGUCCCAACCCAGAAAUCCUACAGCUCCACCGAGACCCUGAAAGCCUACGAUCACGACGCAAGGCUCCAUUACGGCACUCGCGUCACGGAACUGGUCCACAGAGAGUCGGAUGAAUUCUCCAGGCAAGGAGCCAAUUUCACGCUGACAGAACUGGGAAUCUGUGAGCCCUCCCCUCACCGAAGCACGGCUUACUGCCCGGACGUGGGACUGCUCCACCGCGGAUACUCGCUGAGCGACGCCGAGUCCGACACUGAAGGUGCCAUUUCUCCAGAGCAUGCUAUUAGGUUAUGGGGGAGGGGCAUCAAGUCAAGACGCAGCUCAGGGCUGUCAAGCCGAGAGAACUCGGCCCUCACGCUGACUGACUCAGAGAACGAGAAGGAGUCUGAUGAUGAAGCAGGUCCUCGCAUACCCCCCUCAUCAUCGCCCAGCCACCCAUUUGCCCAGCAGACCAGCUCCCACCCUUCAUCCUCUAGUGUGAAAGACUGCCAAAUGCCAUUGCUUGACAACAGCGUUACCCAUCCUGGUCUUGAGUCCAACCCUAACGAAGAGUUCGCCAUUAAUUCCUACCUAUUGCGAGCAGGUUCAGGUGUGCGGCCAGCUCUCAGCAAUGGACCACCGAACCAUCACAGUCAGUCCACUCUGCGACCUCCUCUCCCACCGCCUCACAACCAGACUCUCUCACACCACCACUCCUCGGCCAAUUCCCUCAACAGGAACUCUUUGACGAACAGGAGGAACCACAUCCACGCUCCGUCUGCAGCGCCCAAUGAGCUGCCGACGACACCCGAGUCCGUGCAGCUGCAGGAUAGCUGGGUCCUAAACAGCAAUGUGCCCCUGGAGACGAGGCACUUUCUAUUUAAGACCUCUUCCGGGACGACCCCUCUGUUCAGCACGUCCUCUCCUGGCUAUCCCUUGACGUCCGGGACUGUCUAUUCCCCACCGCCGAGGCUCUUGCCCAGAAGCACCUUCUCCCGAAAUGCUUUCAAGCUCAAGAAACCCUCCAAAUACUGCAGCUGGAAAUGUGCUGCGCUGGGGGCCAUCACGGCCUCCAUGAUCCUGGCCAUACUGCUGGCCUAUUUCAUAGCAAUGAACCUGCUCGGUCUGAACUGGCAGCUUCAACCGGCGGAGGAACCUAUGUCUAAAAAAGGAGUAAGAACAGGAGGUCCAAGUGAUGUAACAAUAGCUCCAUCUGGUGGCAGAGGGACGGCGGAUGUUAAAAACAGCAGCAUUGAUCUGGGGAAUGUGGACAUCGGUCGAAGAGUCUCACAGGAAGUGCCUCCAGGGACGUUCUGGCGAUCGCAGUUAUACAUCGAUCGGCCCCAGUUCCUGAAGUUUAACGUCUCUCUGGGAAAAGACGCCCUCUUCGGUCUGUACAUAAGGAAAGGGCUUCGUCCUUCACACGCUCAGUACGAUUACAUGGAGCGUCUCGACGGCAAAGAGAAGUGGAGUAUGGUGGAGUCGCCCCGGGAACGCAGGAGCAUUCAGACCUUGGUCAUCAAUGAAGCCGUCUUCGUUCAGUACCUGGAUCCAGGGACCUGGCACCUCGCCUUCUACAACGACGGGAAGGAAAAGGAGUUGAUUUCCUUCAACACCGCUGUCUUGGAUUCCGUGCAGGAGUGCCCUCGCAAUUGCCACGGCAACGGAGAGUGCGUUUCCGGAGUGUGCCACUGCUUUCCAGGAUUCCACGGGGCUGACUGUGCUAAAGCUGCUUGCCCCGUGCUGUGCAGUGGUAAUGGCCAAUACUCCAAGGGAAAUUGCAUCUGCUACAGCGGCUGGAAAGGAGCCGAAUGCGAUGUGCCCAUCAACCAGUGCUUUGACCCGGAAUGUGGAGGCCACGGAACCUGCACGAUAGGAACCUGUGUCUGCUCAACGGGCUACAAAGGGGACAACUGUGAGGAAGCGGACUGUUUGGAUCCCUCGUGUUCUGGGCAUGGAGUGUGUGUCCAGGGCGAUUGUCACUGCAGCCCAGGCUGGGGCGGAUUGACCUGUGAAAUUUCCAGACCUCAGUGUCCGGAUCAGUGCACAGGACACGGCACAUACAUCCCGGAAACCGGCCUCUGUAGCUGUGAUCCAAACUGGAUUGGUCCGGACUGCUCAGUCGAAGUCUGCUCCGUGGACUGUGGCACCCACGGAGUCUGCAUAUCUGGUGUAUGUCGAUGUGAGGAAGGCUGGACAGGUGUGGCCUGUGAUCAGAGGGUUUGUCACCCUCGCUGCGCUGACCACGGAACCUGCAAGGACGGAAAAUGCGAAUGCAAAGAAGGCUGGAAUGGGGAGCACUGCACCAUUGAUGGCUGCCCUGAUCUCUGCAAUGGCAAUGGGAGGUGUAUGCUGAGCCAAAACAGCUGGCACUGCGUAUGCCAGACUGGCUGGCGAGGGUCUGGGUGCAACGUGGCAAUGGAGACCUCUUGCACCGAUGGUAAAGACAAUGAAGGAGAUGGACUUGUAGACUGCUUGGAUCCAGACUGCUGCCUUCAGUCCACGUGCCAGAGUAACCCACUCUGCCAUGGGUCCCACGACCCCCUUGACAUCAUCCAGAAGAACCAGUGGGCCCUGUCCACUCAAGUGGUGAAGUCUUUCUACGAUCGAAUCAAGCUCCUUGUGGGCAAAGACAGAACCCACAUCAUCCCUGGGGAAAACCCUUUCAAUUCCAGCCUCGCCUCACUGAUCCGAGGCCAAGUCUUUACAAAAGAUGGGACACCAUUGGUCGGAGUAAAUGUAUCGUUUGUUAAAUACCCUCAAUAUGGAUUUACCAUCACUCGCCAAGAUGGCACGUUUGAUCUGGUCGCCAAUGGUGGCGCAUCCCUCACGCUGCACUUUGAGCGCGCUCCAUUCUUGAGUCAGGAGCGCACAGUCUGGCUUCCGUGGAACACCUUCUAUGCUAUGAACACUCUGGUGAUGAAGACUGAAGAGAACACCAUCCCGAGUUGCGAUCUGAGUGGCUUUGUCAGGCCCGAACCGGUCCUGGUCUCCUCGCCUCUGUCUACAUUCUUCAGCUCCUCACCCAGUCAGAACCCCAUCAUUCCUGAGACUCAGGUUCUGCAUGAAGAAAUUGAGAUCCCAGGCUCCAAUAUAAAACUGUGUUACCUGAGCUCUCGCACCACUGGCUACAAGUCCCUUCUGAAAAUCAUGAUGACCCAGUCUAUCGUACCGAUCAAUUUGAUUAAAGUGCACCUUAUGGUGGCUGUAGAGGGACACCUAUUCCAGAAGUGGUUCCAUGCAUCGCCUAACCUGGCCUACACGUUCAUAUGGGACAAGUCGGACGCCUACAAUCAGAAGGUCUACGGUGUCUCUGAAGCAGUCGUGUCUGUCGGAUUUGAGUACGAGUCUUGCGCCAACCUGAUUCUGUGGGAGAAGAGGACAGCCUUGCUUCAGGGUUACGAACUGGAUCCCUCGAACCUGGGUGGCUGGUCACUGGACAAACACCACGCAUUGAACGUCAAGAGCGGUGUCCUGCACAAAGGGAACGGGGAGAACCAGUUCUUAUCCCAGCAGCCGGCCGUGAUCAACAGCAUCAUGGGCAACAGCCGACGUCGUAGCAUAUCCUGCCCUAGUUGCAACGGCCUGGCGGAGGGCAACAAGCUCCUAGCCCCUGUGGCCUUGGCCGUGGGUAUCGACGGCAGCUUAUAUGUCGGCGACUUCAACUUCAUCAGACGCAUCUUCCCCGCCAGGAAUGUCACCAGUAUCCUCGAGCUGAGAAAUAAAGAUUUUAGACAUAGCAACAACCCGGCCCAUAAGUACUUCAUGGCUGUGGAUCCUGUCACGGGAGCGCUGUAUGUCUCGGACACAAACAGCCGGCAGAUCUUCCGCAUUAAGUCUCUCUCGGGAGCCAGGGAUCUUGUCGGUAAUUCAGAGGUUGUGGCAGGGACUGGGGAGCAGUGCCUGCCUUUUGAUGAAGCCAGGUGCGGUGAUGGAGGAAAAGCAGUGGAGGCCACACUUAUGAGCCCCAGAGGGAUCGCAGUGGACAAGAAUGGCUUGAUGUAUUUUGUGGAUGCAACAAUGAUAAGGAAAGUUGACCAAAAUGGAAUCAUUUCCACACUGCUGGGCUCCAACGACCUAACAGCAAUCCGUCCCUUGAGCUGUGAUUCCAGUAUGGAUGUAAGCCAGGUGCGAUUGGAAUGGCCGACCGACCUUGCCAUUAACCCGAUGGACAAUUCCCUCUACGUCCUGGAGAACAAUGUAAUUCUGCGUAUAACCGAGAACCACCAGGUCAGCAUCAUAGCCGGGCGCCCCAUGCACUGCCAGGUCCCAGGCAUUGACUAUUCCCUCAGCAAACUGGCCAUUUACUCUGCGCUGGAGUCUGCCAGCGCCAUCGCCGUCUCCCACACCGGGAUCCUUUACAUCGCGGAGACGGACGAGAAGAAGAUUAAUCGCAUCCGGCAAGUGACGACCAAUGGGGAAAUCUCCCUGCUGGCGGGUUUGGCCUCGGACUGCGACUGCAAGAACGACGUCAACUGCGACUGCUUCUCCGGUGAUGACGGCUACGCCACGGAUGCCAAGCUGAACUCGCCUUCCUCGCUGGCCAUCUCGCCGGACGAGACUGUUUACAUCGCUGACCUGGGCAACAUCCGCAUCCGAGCCAUCAACCGCAACCGGCCGCUACUGAACGCGAUGAACUUGUACGAGGUGGCCUCGGCGGCGGAACAGGAGCUGUACAUCUUCAACCUGGACGGGAUCCACCAGUACACCAUGAGCCUGGUCACGGGCGAUUACAUCUACAACUUCUCCUACAGUAUGGACAACGACAUUGUGGAAGUGGUCGACAACAACGGCAACACGCUCAAGAUCCGUAGGGACAGCACCGGUCUGCCGCGUCACUUGCUGAUGCCGGACAACCAAGUCUGCUCGAUAUCCAUCGGCAGCAGCGGAGGACUCAAGGCCAUAUCCGUCCAGAACCAAGAACUAGUUGUUUUCACGUACGAUGGGAACAGCGGUCUCCUGGCAACCAAAACGGAUGACAUCGGCUGGACCACUUUCUUUGAUUACGAUAGUGAAGGACGACUCACUAAUGUGACUCGUCCAACUGGGGUUGUCACCAGUUUGCAUCGAGAAAUGGAGAGGUCCAUCAAUAUUGACAUCGAAACCUCCAACAGAGAAGAUGAUGUCACAGUCACCACCAACCUGUCUUCUGUAGAUGCAUCCUACACGCUCGUUCAAGAUCAAGUGAGGAACAGUUAUCAGCUUUGCAACAAUGGGACCCUUCGAGUGAUGUAUGCUAAUGGAAUGGGGGUCAGUUUUUACACUGAACCUCAUAUACUCGCUGGCACCAUAAGUCCAACUGUUGGCCGACGCAAUAUUACUCUGCCGGUGGAAAAUGGACUGAACUCUAUUGAAUGGCGCCUCAGGAAGGAACAGACUAAGGGCAAAGUGACUGUGUUUGGAAGAAAACUUAGGGUGCAUGGGCGGAACCUGCUCUCCAUCGAUUUUGAUCGCAAUUCCCGCACGGAGAAGAUCUACGACGAUCACCGCAAAUUCACGCUGAGGAUUAUUUACGACGCACUGGGCCGGCCCACCAACUGGCUGCCGAGCAGCGGCCUGGCUCCCGUUAACGUCUCCUAUUCUCCGAACGGCAAGCUGAUCGGAGUCCAGCGCGGGGUGAUGAGCGAGAAGACCGAGUACGACGGGCAGGGCAGGGUUGUGUCAAGGGUUUUCUCUGACGGGAAAGUGUGGAGCUACGCAUACCUGGAUAAAUCUUUGGUGUUACUGCUGCAGAGCCAACGUCAGUACAUCUUCGAAUUCGACCAGAGGGAAAACCUCCUUGCAGUCACCAUGCCCAGUGUCGCCCGCCACACCAUGUCCACUCACAAUUCCAUCGGCUACAUCCGCAACAUCUACCAUCCUCCAGAGAGCAACGCGUCAAUGAUCUUCGAUUUCACCAAGGAAGGGCGCAUCCUGAAAUCGGCUUACCUGGGGACCGGACGCCAAGUCUUCUACAAGUACGGGAAGCUGUCGAAGCUCACCGAGAUCCUGUACGACAGCACGGCCGUGAUGUUUGGUUACGACGAGACCACGGGGGUCCUCAAGAUGGUCAACUUGCAAAGCGGCGGCUUCUCUUGCACCAUCCGGUACCGGAAGGUCGGUCCGCUCAUCGACCGACAGAUGUACAGGUACUCGGAGGAAGGCAUGGUGAACGCCCGGUUCGAUUACACCUACCACGAUAACAGCUUCCGGGUUGCCAGCAUGAAGCCGGUCAUCAGCGAAACGCCGCUCCCCGUUGACCUCUACCGCUACGAUGAGAUAUCAGGCAAGGUCGAACAUUUCGGGAAGUUCGGGGUCAUAUAUUACGACAUAAAUCAGAUCAUCACCACAGCCGUGAUGACGCUCAGCAAGCACUUUGACACUCACGGACGCAUCAAGGAAGUCCAAUACGAGAUAUUCAGAUCCCUCAUGUACUGGAUGACAGUUCAAUACGACAGCAUGGGUAGGGUGAUCAAGAGAGAGAUCAAGGUUGGGCCUUAUGCAAACACGACCAAAUAUAACUAUGACUAUGAUGGGGAUGGGCAACUGCAGACGGUCACUGUGAAUGACAAAGCCACUUGGCGCUACAGUUACGACCUCAACGGCAACCUCCAUCUCUUGAACCCCGGGAGCAGCAUUCGCCUCAUGCCUCUGCGUUACGAUCUCCGAGACAGGAUCACACGUUUGGGGGACGUGCAGUACAAACUGGAUGAGGACGGCCUCCUCUCCCAACGUGGCUCCGACGUGUUCGAGUACAACUCCAAGAGUCUGCUCAUCCGGGUUUACAGUAAAGUCAACGGGUGGAACGUGCAAUAUCGUUACGAUGGCCUGGCUCGCAGGGUUUCCAGCAAGACCAAUUUCGGACAGCAUCUGCAGUUCUUCUACGCGGAUCUCAACAACCCAACCAGGGUGACUCACGUUUACAAUCACUCCAGUUCGGAGAUCACGUCCCUGUACUAUGAUCUCCAGGGCCAUCUCUUUGCCAUGGAGAUAAGCAGCGGAGAAGAGUUUUACAUCGCCUCGGAUAACACCGGCACCCCUCUGGCAGUCUUCAGCAGCAGAGGACUAAUGAUCAAGCAGCUCCAAUACACCGCCUACGGUGAAAUAUACCACGACUCUAACCCUGACUUCCAGCUGGUGGUCGGAUUUCACGGCGGCCUCUAUGAGACACUCACUAAGCUGGUUCACUUUGGCCAGAGGGACUAUGAUGUCUUAGCUGGACGCUGGACUGCUCCCGAUUAUUCCAUAUGGAACGACAUUGGCAAAGAUCCUGCCCCCUUCAACUUAUACAUGUUCAAGAACAACAAUCCUCUCAGCAACAUACAGGAAGUCGCAGAUUACGUAACCGAUGUCAAAAGUUGGCUUGUGACAUUCGGGUUCCAGCUGUACAACAUUAUUCCUGGAUUCCCAAAGCCGGCCAUUCACUUCGCGAAACCUCCGUACGUGGUGGAGAGCCAAGAACGAGAAAACUUGCAGUUUGUUUCAGGGGUUCAGCAAGUAGCAGAGAGACUCAACAAAGCCUUCAUGACCCUGGAAGGGUGCUCACUGGCCAAACCCAUCAGGUUAGGCCACAAGGACAGGCCUGGACACUGGUUUGCAGUCACCGAUUCCAUCAUCGGGAAGGGAGUCAUGUUUGCCGUCAAAGAAGGUAGAAUAACAACUGGCACGACGAGCCUGGCUAAUGACGACAGCAGGAAAAUAGCGUCCAUUCUGAACAACGCCUAUUAUUUAGAGAAAAUGCACUACACCAUCAACGGAAAAGAUACCCACUACUUGGUGAAAAUUGGCUCGUCGGACGGAGACCUGGCAACGCUGGGCAUGACAAGUGGCCGCAAAGUGCUGGAGAACGGGAUUAACAUCACGGUUUCUCAACCAGCAAUUCUGCUUAACGGCAGGACUCGAAGGUUCACAAACAUUGAGUUCCAGCACGGAGCCUUGUUGCUAAACAUCCGCUACGGAAUUACACCAGACACGUUGGAAGAGGAGCAGGCCAGGCUGCUGGAGCAAGCCAGGCUACGGGCUCUAGCGAAUGCCUGGACUAGGGAGCAGCAGAAGGCAAGGGAUGGCAAGGAAGGAGGCCGACUGUGGACUGAAGGAGAGAAACAACAGUUGCUGAGUGCUGGCAGGAUUCAAGGUUACGAGGGGUACUAUGUGUUGCCAGUGGAACAGUACCCAGAGCUGGCAGACAGUUCCACCAAUAUUCAGUUCCUGAGACAGAACGAGAUGGGAAAGAGGUAACAAACCGUACUGCUGUCGUCUCUGGCACAAGCUGGAAGAUUGAUCACAAUCACCCUCUCCUCUCCUAAGGAGAUGGAAACUAUAAAGGGGACAUUGAAACUAAGCGACUUUGGAACUGAACUGAGGAGAAGAACCAAGCUCAUAUAAAAUGAGUUUGUCGGCACAUAAGGACUCCAGAACGGGACUGGAGCCCAAGAGAAACAACAAAAAAACUAAUUGCUUGACAAGUACCCCUUUUUAUAACAUAGCCCAGGUUCUCUGGACUGAUGAAACGUAAAAUAGGCAAGUCUCCGUCUCUUUUCUUCACUCGGUAAACUUACUGCCUCACAGGUACGUCAUUUGAAACACUUGAAUCCGAAAUGACCACCUCGAAAGAAUCCGGCAACUGCAUAGAUGCAACCUUUUGUAAUAUAACCCCCACCCGAAGGAAACCUGUUGAAACAAAUCCGAAAUGUACUGAUCCAUCGAAGCCUGGGCCAGACUCCUUACAAUAAUGUAUUGUUUUGUUUAUUGGCAUAGCAACUGUAGUGGACACAGUGAGCCUUGGAGAUUAUGGUGACUGAAUCCAGCAGUCCUAUUU